GCAAUCAACAUCCAUUACUUCUUUGAGGAGCUAUACACUCAAAAGUAUGUUGAUGGAGCAUCCAUGGCCGACCACAUCGCCACGAUGAUUAAUAUCUGGCAGAAGAUUACUGUGGCUGGGGAAAUGCUCCCCAAUGUUCAUGUUGCUCAUGCUCUCGUGCUCUCACUCCCUCGCAUGCAGUCAUGGGAACUUAUGAAGAUUCAACUGUUCUCAAUGGACUCGAAGCAGUUAAUGUCGAAGGUGGUCAGCACCAAGCUUCAGUCA